AUGGCCAAAGCAAAGACUUUCACACCACCCCAUGAAAGAGAAGCCGAUUGCUACAAAGUACACGAUAUUUUAUGUACCCCUGAUGCAAAGAAAGCAUUCGGAAAUGAUCGCUGGUUCUCAGCAUCUUCAACCGCAGACGUCUUUGAUAUGCGGGGGGCCUACGGAGUGAUGCGGCACAACCUCGGUGAUAGGCAGAUUUUUGAUAUGCUAGAGGAGGCAUACGCAGACACGGAAGCGACGCCAGAGGAUAUGGUGCAUACUCGAAUACUAUUUAUCGAUGAGGCCCAGGAAGACCUAGACCGUCUUCAGUGCACUUCCGAGCUUCUACAGGCCAUAUUUCAAACAUACUGCAUCUCAUCUCGGGUAGCGAGGCUUUUGGAGCGGCAGCACAUGCCUGGCCGCGUUGUGCAGUAUGAUUCCAUCACCCAGAAACCCAUCCACCACCAGUUUUGGUACUCGGCUAUCCUCCGUUCCGGUGAAAGCAUCACGUGCUUGGACUCAUCCAAAUCAGUAUUAGGCUGGAAGCGUCUCUGUGUCUGGGUGGGCCGCAACUUAUCUGCUGGAACCACGAUCAUGCUGGUGCUGAGGUGUCCCAAAGAUAUGAAAACCGAGCUUAUAGACGGUUUCAGUGAUAAAGGAGAACUUGUGAUGCGUCAGCCGAUGUUGCUUAAUGCAUUCUUUGCGCAAAAUUCCUUGCAGAAAGCAGAUAAGUUCACAGAGACCUGGGCCGAUCCUAUAUAUGAGUGGGAGAGGAAAGUGGAUGAAAAUGGCACUACAUCCGACUUCACAGCUCGGACUCGGGUUUUCCUAACACUCGCACGCCAGAUCACCCAAGUAGCUACCGACUACGAUAUUCUCGGUCCUGCUCUCCAUCACCUCAAGACUGAGCACGAAUGGAUCGCCGCUCAGUCUGACGAUCGUCACUUGGAAACGGGAGACUCGACGGCUGAUGUAGACAACACCGGCUUCAAAGAUGUUUGGGACGUCUAUCUCUCCGAGCUUCAGCUUCUCAAAUCAUAUGCAGAGCUAUACAAGACUAGAACACAACUCGCCAUUAAUGAGUGUUUUGCGUUGAUCAACCAGCGAGACGCCGAGAUAAAUAUUAAGAUGGCCAAAGAGAGUACGAAGAUUGCACGAUCAAGCCAUGAAGAUGGACAGUCACUUCGUACAAUACAGAUCCUCACGAUGAUCUUCCUUCCGGCUUCAUUAUUUAGCGGCAUCUUCGGUAUGGGGUUUUUCAAUACUGACACCGAUGACAACGGAAAUAUCAGGUUCUCCGUUAGUAGCAACUGGUGGUGGUAUCCGGCGCUGACUAUACCGAUGACGGCGGCGACAAUGCUCACUGUGGUUGGACGGAAAUUGGGCGAGAAAUGGAAAAAAGAUAAACUUGCACGUGGUCGUUUUGAGAACCCAGGGGUUGGCUGCUGA